UUCAACAAAUAUAUGAUUGAGCGAAAUGAUUUGUACGGCAAUCUGGAGCCAAAUUCUAACGACGCCAGGUUAAGAAACCAGUAAAUCGUUGAAAUUCGUUCGGUGUGGAUGUUUGGUGUUUCCUGAUAUCUUCUAAAAUUUAUUUUUGAAAUUUCAAUGCUUAAAACGAUGAAUAGUGAAUUGUGCCGGUUGUGCUUAAGGUUGUGUCCCAAUACACGAAGCGCUUUCGAUGAUGAGCAGAUAUUAAAGGAUGUGUUUCCUUUUUGGAAGGACUUCGAAUGGUGUAUCCCGGUAUUAGCGUGCCCAGAAUGCAAGACUACGAUUGGAACAUUCCAUUCCUUCUCGGUACGGGUUCAUUCAAACAUCCUCUGGCAAACAUCGCAAAUCGAGCUCUUUACCGUCCAAGACGAAGUCUCCGGUGCCGUUAAAACAGAGACACCCGAGUUGUUUGCUGAGGACAGCGGAGAACCUGCCACCAGCAUCUCGAAAGAGAACAUCUACGAAGAAAUAGAGGUAGAGAAGCAGGAACUGCCCGAGUUACCCGAUGGAGACAACCACGAACCAAAUAUCAACAGUUGUGCAGAGAACAUCGACGAGGAAAUUGAUGUACAAAAAAAUUGGCUGCCCGAGUUGUCCGAUGAUGAGAAUGAAGAGCCUUUCGCAGGGUUUUCGGAUAGCGACAUAGAGCAAAACGACAUGAUGGAAACAAAAACGGAAAACCAGGGCUCACCCGGAACGGUGGAAGAAGAAUGCAUGGAACAGGACAUCCGCGAAUCUACAAGCAACUCGGCUACCGAUCGCACUACAAAUUCUACCAAUAACUCGAUGUUCCUUAAAAAAUGUUGGAUUGUUCUCGACAAAAUUCCAGCUCGGGUUGUAUCGUCAAUUUCACCCGCAAGGCGGAAAAUUAAAAGGUUUAUUUGUCAUGUGUGCAACAAGGUUUUCAAUUCCUCGAACGCCUUGUAUACACACAAAAUAAGGAAUCAUACCGCAAACGACAAACUGAUCCAUCAAUGCAAAUAUUGUUCCGAAAAGUUUGCACGGGAGUAUAUGCUCGCUGAACAUCUCUUCACGCAUCGAGUCAAAAAAUGUAGAUUUUGCAACGAAUCGUACGGCGGCGCGGUCAGUUACAAACAACACAUCAUAGAGAAACACGAUGGCGGUAAAUUUAAGUGUAGUUUCUGCAGUUGUAGGUUCAAACGAAAGCGUGCACUCGCGCACCAUCUUCUAUUUCAUGAUGAAAACACCCCAAAGAAAAUUUGUAAAAUCUGUUGCAAAGAAUAUGAUUACAGGAGCGGAUUUAGAUAUCAUAUGAAUCAUGUUCACGGAGGCGACAAAUACGAAUGUGCCCACUGUGGCAUAAAGGUAACUGCAAAAAGGAAUCUGGAGAGGCAUUUACUGAGAAAACAUGUAACACAUUAAACGAACUUGAAACUCGGACUCGUACAAGAGCAAGUCAAGGGCAAAAGAAGUCGAAGUCGAGAAGUGCAACGCAUAGCCAAC